ACAGAACCACUAAAUCUAACAGCAGUCUCAGAAUUCCUCCUCCUAGGACUCUCUGAGGACCCAGAGCUGCAGCCCAUCCUCCUGGGGCUGUUCCUGUUCAUGUACCUGGUCACGGUGUUCAGGAACCUGCUCAUCCUCCUGGCCGUCUGCUCUGACUCCCACCUCCACACCCCCAUGUACUUCUUCCUCUCCACCCUAUCCUUGGUAGACAUCUGUUUAAUCUCCACCACUGUCCCCAAUAUGAUUAUGGGCAUCUAAACUCACAGCAGACUCAUCUCCUAUGGUGGCUGCCUGAUGCAGAUGUCUAUUUUUGUGCUUUUUGUUUGUAUGGAUGGUUUGCUUCUGACCGUGAUGGCCUAUGACCGGUUUGUGGCCAUCUGUCACCCCCUGCACUACCAGGUCAUCAUGAACCCAUGCCUCUGUGGCUUCCUAGUUUUGGUGUCUUUUCUUCUUAGCCUUUUGGAUUCCCAGCUGCACAAUUUGAUUGUCUUACAAUGUACUCACUUUAAGGACAUGAAACUUUCUACUUUCUUCUGUGAGCCCUCUCAACUCCUGAAACUUGCCUGUUCUGACACUUCCAUCAAUAACAUAGUCCUGUAUUUCUCUGGUGCCAUGUCUGGUUUUCUUCCUGUCUCAGGGAUCCUGUUCUCUUACUAUAAAAUUGUUUCCGCCAUUCUGAGUGUCCCAUCCCCAGGUGGGAAGUACAAAGCCUUCUCCACCUGUGGGUCUCACUUGUCAGUUGUCUGCUUAUUUUAUGCAACAGGCUUUAUGGUGUACCUCAGUUCAGCUGUGUCACUCUCUCCCAGGAAGUAUAUGGUGUCCUCUGUGAUGUACACUGUGGUCACCCCCAUGCUAAACCCCUUUAUCUAUAGCCUGAGAAACAGGGACAUUAAAAGUGUCCUGUUGAGGAUGCAGAGACAAAUAGCCCGAUCUUGUUUAUCUUUUCCAUCCUUUUUUGUGUGUGGAGUGCAAAGGGCAGCAGAGUGA